AUGGGCCCAGGACAAGGUACGGGAGACUUCUUCUUAAUGGAGAUGAGCGAAAAUAUAAAAAAAUGGGAAAUAAAAUUUCUUGGAUACAUGCAAUUACAAAAGUUGAAGGAAACCAUUACUGCAGCUGAAGAUACAGAAAUUGAUGCUGCCAAGAAUGAAGAAGUUUUCACGGAGUUGAUACAAUUUUUAGAUGAUAAAAGCCUUGCCCUCAAAAUGAGAGAUGCACAGGAUGACGGCAGUAAAGCAUUAAAGAUCCUUAAGAGCCCACUACGCUGGUACAGGCAAGCGAAGAGUGAUUUCAUUGUACACAGAACUGACUCCGCUAGUGAAGUUGGCACACAAGACGGUGACUGA